UCCUUUAUCUUUUCCGAGAAAACACGCGUCUCUAAGGAAUUGUCCGUGGUUCUGAAUAAUGGAUAAGAAAAGUAUCCAUUGAAAGAUUCAAAACGUUCAAAGUAACUGGUCUCAGAACCGAGGGAGCUAAAUUUCCUUGUAAUGGAAGAGUAAUUGGGGUUCAUUUCAAGAAGGAUGAUACAUGCAGUGCAGAUCAACUACCAACAAACUUCCCAUGGAGAAUAUCCGUAGGAUAAAGAUGGACCAGCGAAGGAGCAGUGCAAUGAAACAGGUGCAGCGGCCGAUUCAGGCUUGGCUACUUCAUAGCGGUAGUGCUGGCUAUAGUUUGAUUGAGCUUUUGCAGCAUAUGUUGAGUAUAAUAAUCUAUCCACUGGAUCUGUUUCUCUCCUCCUCAAGGGAUCAGUUCCAAGCGAUGCUAGACUUCGGGCAGGCGAUGCAGUUGAAUGGACUGAUGCUGGCCGGAAUAGUACAGAAAGCUUCCUCACCUGAAGAGAAAAUUUGGGAUGUCUCCGUUUCACGGAUGUGCGAAGGAACGGCCGUCAAACCAUCAGUGGAAACUUAAAACUCUCUCACCUUAUUUUUAAGCUAGCGCAAAUUUGAAUUUUAUUAUGUACUUUAACAAAUUUUUAGUGCAGUAUAAUCCUACGGUAUAAAGAAGUUGUUGAA